AUGAGUAUCCCGAAUGGACAGCAGCAUGCCUUUCUGCAGCAACAAGGCCAACAGCAGCAAGUUCCUCCAGCUACGGAUGAGCUCCUUCGUCAGUGUUUGCACCUGAUGACACAAGUUCUCCAGCAACAGCAGAACAGUCAGCAGUCACAAGAGAACUUCAUCAGGCAAGUCGUUUCGGAAGUGCAUGCGGGCGCAGCACCCAGUCCGGAACAAAUUCUCGAUUCCCUUGCUGGGAAUAUCAAGGAGUUCCGCUACGACGCGGACAGUAGCAUCACGUUUGCAGCCUGGUUCACGAGGUACGACGAGCUGUUCGAAAAGGAUGCUGCUCGGUUGGACGACCAAGCGAAGGUCAGAUUACUGCUCAGAAAGCUGGGAACAUCUGAACACGAAAGACACGGUCGCAAAAUUGAAAAGUUUGUUCGGGGCGAAAGAGUCGACCACAUCGCCUACGCCUGCCGGGUGAAUAAGCUCUGCGUCGAGUUCGAGCUGGGAAAGUUGUCAGAGCAACAGUUCAAGUGCUUGAUGUUCGUAUGUGGACUAAAGUCUGAGCGUGAUUCAGAGACUCGGACCCGACUUCUAUCACGGAUUGAGGAGAACGAUAACCUCACGUUGGAGCAAUUAUCGAAUGAAUGUCAGCGUCUCAUCAAUCUCAAACACGAUAAUGCUAUGAUCGAAUCUGCUGCAUCUUUCGAUCAGGUUAAUCAGCUCAAGCAGAAAUAUGACAGUAAUCGUAACAGACGUCAGCUGUCUCCCAGGUCAGAUGCGAACAACACAAAACGGAAACCCGAUACUCCAUGCUGGUAUUGUGGUGCGUUCCAUUAUGUUCGUGACUGCCCGUACAAAAACCGUCAAUGUCCCGAUUGUAGUCGGUACGGUCAUCGUCAAGGAUACUGUGCAAGUUCCAAGAAGAAGAAGAGAGGUGGAAAACGUUCGGUUGCCAGCAGGGUUGUCGUUGUCAACAUGUGCAACGUGCAGAGGCGGCGGAAAUUUGUCUCCGUUGUGCUAAAUGGAACUCACAUCCAUCUUCAGUUAGACACAGCGUCCGACAUCACGGUCAUCAGCAAACCGAUCUGGCGAAAGGUCGGUAGUCCAAGAUUAUCACCAUCUACGGUGAAGGCGAAAACAGCAUCUGGGAACAUUUUGCCACUCGAAGGUGAAUUUCGAUGUGACGUCACCAUCGGCGGAAACACUCGCAGCGAAAUUAUCCGUGUAACUGAAAAGCAGCUGCAACUUCUCGGAUCUGAUUUGGUCGAUAGCUUCGAUCUAUGGUCCGUGCCAAUGGAUACUUUUUGCUGUCAGGUAUCUAGUUCUUCGACUUCCAGCGCAGCGCUUAGUUCUGCAUUUCCAGAAGUUUUCAGUGAGAAACUUGGGCUCUGCAAUAAGGUACAGGUGAAGUUAGACGUAAAGGAUCAGUGCAAGCCCAUUUUCUGUCCCAAACGCCCGGUUGCGUACUCUAUGUACAACGCAGUCGAUCAAGAGUUGGACCGGUUACAGCAGCUGAACAUCAUUACACCGGUCGACUACUCGGAGUGGGCAGCACCAAUCGUCGUAGUGCGCAAAGCAAAUGGUGCCAUUCGUGUUUGCGGAGAUUAUUCUACAGGACUCAACUCCGCUCUUCAGCCUCACCAAUACCCGCUUCCUCUUCCGGAAGACAUCUUCGCUAAGCUGGCUAACUGCAAAGUUUUCAGUCAGAUCGAUCUUUCGGAUGCAUUUUUGCAAGUUGAGGUCGACGAGCAGUUUCGUCAUCUGCUCACCAUCAACACGUACCGUGGUUUGUUUCAUUACAAUCGUCUUCCACCUGGUGUAAAGGUAGCACCGGGUAUCUUCCAGCAGCUCAUAGACACCAUGCUAGCCGGGUUGGAAAAAGUUUCCGGUUAUCUCGAUGACGUUAUCGUUGGCGGUGAAGACGAAGCAGCUCACAACCGCAAUCUGAAAGCAGUUCUUCAGCGAAUCCAGGAUUUUGGGUUCACCAUUCGAGCCGAAAAAUGUACCUUCGGCAAGAAGCAGAUACCGUAUCUGGGCUACAUUGUUGACCAUCGAGGUCUGCGUCCAGAUCCAGCCAAAAUCGAGGCAAUAGUGCAGCUUCCGCCUCCCACUGACGUUCACGGUGUACGUUCCUUCCUCGGGGCGAUCAAUUAUUACGGAAAGUUUGUCCCGAACAUGCGAAUGCUUCGCUUCCCGCUGGAGAAUCUGCUGAAAUCGCAGUCGAAAUUCCAGUGGACAACGGAGUGCCAGCAGGCAUUCGAGCGUUUCAAGCAGAUUCUCACCUCAGAUCUUCUACUAACGCACUACGAUCCGAAAAAGGAGAUCAUCGUUUCUGCUGACGCAUCCUCAGUUGGUGUUGGAGCCACAAUCAGUCACAGGUUCCCAGAUGGCUCCAUCAAAAUAGUACAGCAUGCUUCCAGAGCACUUACGAAGGCAGAGCAGAACUACAGUCAACCGGAUCGUGAAGGUCUAGCUAUCAUCUUUGCCGUCACCAAGUUUCACAAAAUGAUCUUCGGACGGCGCUUCUUGCUGCAAACUGACCACGCUCCGCUGCUCCGAAUCUUCGGGUCCAAGAAGGGCAUACCGGUAUACACAGCCAACCGGUUACAGCGCUUUGCCCUCACUCUACUGCUGUACGAUUUCACCAUCGAGUACGUUCCCACUGAUAAGUUCGGUAACGCCGACGUGCUGUCCCGGUUGAUAAACCGACACGCGCGACCAGAUGAAGACUACGUCAUCGCCAGCAUAAUUCUCGAGCAGGAUGUUAGGUCAGUAGCAGUUGAUACAGUAGAUGCGUUGCCUCUUACUUUCAGAAACGUCGCUCGAAGUACCCAAGCUGAUCCAGUUCUCCGGAAGGUCUACCGUUUUAUAACCGACGGUUGGCCUCAAACGAAAGCAAUCGAUCCGGAGCUAAAACGAUUCCAAGUCAGACAGGAAUCCCUCACUACCGGUGGAUGCAUACUGUUCGCUGAUCGGCUCGUCAUCCCAACUCAGUACCGCAAGCGUUGCUUAGAUCAGCUUCACAAUGGUCAUCCUGGUACACAGCGUAUGAAGGCCAUCGCCAGGAGCUACGUCUAUUGGCCAUCCAUCGACGAAGACAUCGCCGGUUAUGUGAAAACAUGUCGGCAUUGUGCAGCGACUGCCAAGUCACCGCCUCACGCCGUCCCAGUGCCAUGGCCGAAGGCAUCGGGACCUUGGCAUCGUGUUCACGUAGACUUCGCCGGUCCCAUCGACGGUGAGUACUAUUUGCUAGCGGUCGACUCCUUCUCCAAGUGGCCGGAGAUUGUGCAAACCCGACGAAUCACUGCAGUAGCAACCAUCAGUAUUCUUCGAAGUCUAUUUGCAAGGCUCGGUAUGCCUGUAAUGCUAGUAUCGGAUAACGGUACUCAGUUUACGAGUGUGGAAUUUGCCAACUUCUGUGCUCUCAACGGUAUCGAGCAUGUCACAACGCCCCGUUCCAUCCCCAGUCUAACGGCCAAGUUGAAAGGUUCGUUGACACCUUCAAGCGGGCCGUCAAAAAAAUUCCUGAGGGGAGAGGAUCCAUUGCUGAAGCUCUAG